UAUCAAGCAAACAAGCUAAUAUAAACUAGAAACGGCGAUCUGUGUGAUUCCGACGGGAAUGAGAUUAAAAUUUCUGGCGGCUCUCGGAUGAACAUUGUAGAUUAUAUUCGAAUACGUUGAGGACGAAGAAGGUGACGAAGUGGAAGAAGAAGAAGAAGAAAGCUGUAGAGAGUAAUGGUGUUGUGGGAGUUAGCUCUGGGAACAGCCUACUUUUUGGGGCUUAGGCGGACGUACCGGCUUGCAUUGAAGACCCAGCGUCGCAUUAUUAGCCCUAAGCAUCCCAGGAUUCGAGAUUUUAUGCAUCGGAGGACGCAUCAAAUCUUUGAUAUGGCUCUUAGGGUCCACAAAAACAUACAACAGAGGGACAUGGAAAUUGGUCGGAAUCUAGGAAACUGGAUUCUCCGAGGCCUUGAUCGUAUGAAGCCGUCAGCCCAGGUUAUACUACCAAAACACAAAGAGCCAAGCAUAGACAAGGCAAAGAGAGUAUUAGAAUCAACCCGUCUCAAGCCGCAUGUUUACACGCAGCCUCCUCAGAACCGUGAGGUCGAUAGGCACUUGUUCAUGUCCUUAAGGAACUUUCGGUCCAAAUACCCCAUUGCUUCGAUGAUGAUAAUCAAGCCGCCGAGACCAACUGGAACUACCAAUCAGUACAGGCCUUACAGUGCUGGUGGAUCCAGUAUGAUUCAACCAAUUUAUGCUAGAGACGGGUUCAACGGUGUCAUCAGGAAGGACAUUUUGCAGUGGAUGGUGCAGAAGAGAUGAAGCCACCAAAAGUCAUCAAUGGCCCAUCACUUGUUAACUGUUUAGCUUUACGUGAGCUUUUUAAUAACCGGUCGAAUGAUCGGAGAAUCUCCUGGAGAACUAAAACUUGUGACUAAUAUUACUUACUUUACUAACCCGUCUUCCUGUUCUUCUUCAAAACCACAACCAGAAAAUGUAUUCAGGGUUCAAGUAAUCGUUAACAAAAGAUCAGAUUUAGUCAUUUA